AUGGCAAGAGGGUUUUGGUUCAUCUUAGUUGUUUCCUCAGUUUUGCUUGUGCUUAUUGGUUCUUGUCACGGAAGUUUUGUUGGAAUAUGCUAUGGAAGAAAUGCUGAUGACCUACCUCCACCUGACAAGGUGUCACAUUUAGUUCAAGAUCACAAAAUCAAAUAUGUUAGAAUCUAUGAUUCUAACAUCCAAGUUCUGAAAUCUUUCGCAAACACUGGUGUCGAACUUAUGAUUGGAAUUCCAAAUCUUGAUUUGCUUCCAUUCUCACAGUUCCAAACCAAUGCAGACACUUGGCUCAGAAACAGCAUCCUUCCUUACUAUCCAGCCACUAAGAUCACAUACAUAACCGUCGGCGCUGAAAUCACGGAAAGUCCAGAAAACAUUUCUGCGUUGGUUGUGCCAGCCAUGACUAAUGUCCUUGCAGCACUUAAGAAAGCUGGACUUCAUAAGAAGAUAAAAGUUUCAACUACUCAUUCCCUCGGGGUGUUGUCUCGAUCGUUCCCUCCUUCCGCUGGUGCUUUCGAUAGCAAACAUGCUCAUUUCCUGAAGCCACUGCUAGAAUUUCUUGCGGAAAAUCAGUCGCCUUUUAUGAUCGAUCUGUAUCCUUAUUAUGCAUACUGUGACUCCCCGAACAAAGUGCAAUUGGACUAUGCAUUGUUCGAGUCAUCCUCCGAAAUUAUUGAUCAAAACACUGGUUGGCCUUCAAAAGGUUCGCCUAAGGAGACAGCUGCUACUCCUGAUAAUGCACAAACAUAUAAUAUGAAUCUGAUAAGACAUGUUAUCAACGAAACCGGUACACCUGCAAAACCCGGAGAAGAACUCGACAUCUACAUUUUUUCAUUGUUUAACGAAAAUAGGAAGCCGGGUUUGGAAUCUGAGAGAAACUGGGGGCUAUUUUAUCCCGACCAAACAAGCGUAUAUAGCCUAGAUUUCACCGGACAAAGUCCUGUUGACAUGACUGCGGAUGCCAACGUAACAAAAUCAAACGGAACAAAAUGGUGCAUUGCUUCAAGUAAAGCGACACAAAUUGAUUUACAGAAUGCGAUAAAUUGGGCUUGUGGUACUUCAGGCAACGUGGACUGUACUCCUAUUCAACCAAGUCAGCCUUGUUUUCAGCCGGAUAACUUAGUCUCGCAUGCUUCAUAUGCUUUUAACAGCUAUUAUCAGCAAAACGGUGCUUCUGAUGUUGCGUGUAGUUUUGGAGGGACUGGUGUAAUAGUUGAUAAAGAUCCAACUUAUGACAGUUGCAUUUACAUGAGAACUGGAAAUAAUCUGACUUUGGCAAGUAAUAGUACAACAGCAAUACCUUCAGCUCCAUCCUCCUCCUCAAACAAAGCAGUUUACUCAUCAAUCUCUACUAGUGCUCUUCUUUUAACCUUUCUUUUCUUUCUUUUGGAUCUCGAACGAGCCUAG